AUGUCUCAGCUUUUUGGCCGAAUCUCGAGAAACCUCUGUUCCCGGCGGUCGGAAUUCUCGACGGCGACGACACCAUACCUGCUUCUGGGCAGCGACAUUGUCGGCGAUUCUCCUUGCGGCGGUAAAGUGGUCAACUUUAACCUCUACGAUCCAAGGAAGCAAGAACAAGUGAAGAGCGAAAACCAGAUUGUGUCGAAGGAGGUCCAUGAAUCUCGAAAGAUAGGAUCAUCAAGAGGAUGGCUAGCUUCGAUGAACAAGAAAGAUUCCACAGUGCAUCUCACCAACACGAAGACGACUAUAUCUCUACCUCCAUUAACCAGAGACAAAUUCGAACCUCUUGUUAAUGUCUCUGUCUCCUCUGCAAACGAAGACUUUGUAAUCGCCGUCAAGUUUUACGGCUCUAGACUCUGUCUUUGCCGAGUCGGUGACUCUGAGUGGACUCGCGUCGACGUGCCUUGUCCAUCUUUCCACUCUUCUACUGUCAUGUUCUCGGAGAGAGACCGGAGAUUCUACUUGAACAAUUGCAACCCUGACUACACCGGUCCAACCGAUUUCACUCCCGGUUCACUCACUCCGGUUUGUGGCUACAAGAGAUUCUUCUUCUCUAACUUUCCAUCUGAAAUGCCAGAAAUGCGCCACUCUCGUUUCAGGAUCCAACAGCAACUAGUCGAGUCAUCUUCUUCGGGCCAAUCCUUCAUCGUUUGUUGGUUUGUGGAGAGAUGUACAAACAAAGGAGAAGUUGUGCCAUGGGAAGACAAAAGUUACAACAAGAAAGACCUUUGCAAGAAGACUCACAAGAUCAUGGUGUUUAGGCAAGAUCAAGAGCAAGGGGUUGGUCCUUACACUGAUGAUAUUGGCGAUCUCUGCAUUUUCUUAGGCGACAAUGAAGCUUUCUGUCUCUCUUCCAAGGACUACCCUGGUCUUAACCCUAACUCGGUCUACUUUGCUGGCCAUGGUUCCGGUUUUGGUGUCUGCGAUCUCGCCUCUCGCACCAUCCGUCGUUAUCUAUCUGACUCUACUCCACCACGUGGUCGCUUGUUUUGGAUUCCUCCCACGCCCCCGUAG